UUUUUUUUUGUGUUCAUUCUAUUGACGUUGACACUUGCCGUUUGUUGCCGUUGACGUAUUGAAUAUUGAAAGGGGUGUUUCCGAUUAAACCUUAAUAAAUAACGAUAAUUAAUUUUAUUAUUUUUAAUCUUCAUACGCAUUCCAAUCAGAUAUCAUGGACGCUUUUGGUGAUAAUUUCACUAGUGAAACAGAUGUUGAUCCAGCUGCUGAAUUUUUAGCACGUGAACAAAAUGAAUUAGCUGGUCUUGAAGAUGAAAUUCCACCAGUUGUUAUGGCUACACCUGUUCCAGUUGUAUCAUCAACAGUUGAAGAUGAUAUUUCUGGAAACUUUGAAAACAUGACUAUGGGAUUUAAUGGAAAUGGCGCUGGAAGUUUCGAGAUGAUAAAUACCAUUGAUCAACAAACAGAUUCAGAGUUUUCAGCUCCAGAACCAGCAAUUCCAGCUCCAACUGUUACAAAGGAAGAGCCUGAAAAAAUUAAAAUAUGGAGAGAAGAACAAGCAACACGUCUCAAGGAAAAAGAUAUUGAGGAGGAAAUAAAACGAGAGGAAUGGAGAGAAGCAGCAAAAAAAGAACUAGAAGAAUGGUAUAAGCAUCAUGCUGAAACAACAAGCAAAACGAAAGCAACAAACAGGGAAUCAGCCAAGAAUGCUGAGAAACAAUUUGUUGCUGAAGCUGAUGAAGUUGAGCCAGGAACAGAAUGGGAAAGAAUUUCAAAAUUAUGUGAUUUCAAUCCAAAAUCAUCAAGAACAUCAAAAGACGUAUCGAGAAUGCGUUCAAUUAUUCUUCAACUCAAGCAAUCACCACCACCAACAUUGAAAGCUUGAUCAUGUUAAUUUUUAUUAUUUUCAAGCUUGGACUAAUUAAUGAAUUUUAAAAUAUAAAAAAAUAAAAAUAAAAAAUUAUAAAUUUACCAAUCAGAUAUGAAAUAUUUGUUGAUAAUUGUAUGCACUAGAUUGUAAACGAGAUAAACGAGUUUUGUGAGACAUGAGAAUCAUGUUAUAUUAUUGUGAAUAAAGUUUAAAUGCCCUGAACAAAUUAA